ACCAGACGUAAACGUAAACAAAUUUCGAAAGUCGAGAGGUAAUUUCCUUAUAUAUUAUCUGAUUGGAGUUUUCUUGAAAAAUGAAGAAUGUAGCUUUGUUACAGUCCACCAAGACCGAGUCCCCGAAAACUCCUGGUGGUAUAAGUAAGUCGUUAUUGACUCCUUGUAGACGAGUUGGUCUGUCCCGUAAUUGGAAAAAAGCUGGAUCUUCUCCAUUCAUAUCUCCGGUACAUGGUAGUACACAAAAUAACUUUGAAGUUAAAGAUGAAAAGAAGUACACCAGAAAGCGUAAAGAACCUGCCACUGAAAACGAAAAUGAGGAUUUGCAGGAAGAGACACUUGGUACUACAAUUGAAAGUGUUUUAAAUGCAGACGAAAGCGGUAUUACUGUGUCUUCAACGGUACCUCGCGAUAUAGAUAGCACUCCAACUCGACGUGUUGCGCUGCCACGUAAAAAGAAGUCAAAAUUGCUAGCUGAUAAGGAUAAAAAAAGUAAUUGUAAGUCACCUCUGAAGGAAGUACAGAGUAGUCUAGAAAAACCAAAAGAAACUGACUGUGCAGAACACAGGAAAGAUAUAGUUAAACCGAUAAUAGACACUCUGUCUACUACUUGUCCAACAUCUUCGAGUAUACCCAAAACAUGUACAUCAACUAAAGACAUUGAAGUUAAAGAAAAUAUAGAUACUUUAAAGUGUAAUAAUAAAAAAGAAACUAUGAAUCAGAAUUGUCCAAUUAAUUUAACUAAAGAAUGUGUUGUUGUAAUACAGAAAAAAAUAUUUAAAACUGAAGGUAAAGAUUUACAGACUACCCAAAAGGAAGGCAUGGAUAUAAAUCAUUUAGAUUGUAUUAAUAAAACAGUUAAUACUAAAUAUGAUAAAACAGUGUCGCAAACUCUGUCUGAUUCUGAUUCAGACGAUGCUCCAUUAUGUAAUUUGAAUAUAAAAGAAACUGAAAAUGGAAAACCAAAUUUAGAACGUCAAAAACAACCUGAAAUAAUAAAUUUAAUUGAAGAUGAUGAUUUUACUGGAACUAAAAUAGUUAAAGUUGCAAAACUAGUUGAUAAGAAUACUUCUACAGGUGGACUAAGGUCAGGUAAAGUUCGAAAACAGAAAGUACCCAAACCUGUGCAAAAGAUAAUAAAAACAACAAUGGAUUCCAAAACAGCAUCACAAAAUUCAUUUGAAGAUGAUGAUGAUGAUUUUGAAUUUGAAGCAAAAAGGACAAUUCUUAUUCAUAAAACUUAUGAUAAGGUUUCAAAACCUGUUAAAGCUAAAACUACUGGAUCGAUUACUCAGAAGGACAUAGACGACCUAAAAGCACGCAUUGAAAUAAAAAAAAAGGUAUUAUUAGCUAAAGCAAUGACUGAGGAAACAAGGGAAUUGAGAGAUUUAAUAAAAAAAUGGCAGAAAGGAUGUCAAGACGCUCUUGCCGAAUUAAUGGACUUAAUGAAAACAAAGUGUCCUGAUAAAAAACACAUGGAUUAUUCAGAGAUUCUGCAAAUGUUAAAAAUUCCAUCAAACCUAGUUGGCUACAAUGCUGAGGACGAUUGUUUUAAUACUCCUGAUGAUGCCAGUAUUGUUUUGUCUAAAUUUAAUGAUAUAUGA